AGGAUAAAAGCUGGUCAUUUUUUGCCAAUUUUGUCGAUAAAUAAAAGUUCAAGGUUAUUGUUGGUGUUGGUACUCUUGACGUGUUGCCAACUUUUCAGUUUUGUGUUGCCAGUGAGUAACCAAAACUGUCUCGCAGUUCACCAAAAAUAAAGCAAAUAUUUUCGUUCUUUGUGGAAAGCUACAAAAUGUCUCGCGAAAUGCAGCUUUUCAAGGUGGCCAAAGGCACAUUUGGGCAGAUUCGUAAUUUUCAUGUAAGCGCGUCUGUGGGACAAAAUGUCCGCGAAAAGAAGUUUGCUAUCUACAGGUGGAAUCCCGACCAGCCUGAUAAAAAGCCCUGGGUGCAGGAAUACAAAGUUGAUCUAAAUGCCUGUGGCCCCAUGGUCUUGGACGCGCUUAUUAAGAUUAAGAACGAAGUGGACCCAACUUUGACAUUCAGGAGGUCGUGUCGCGAAGGGAUCUGUGGGUCUUGCGCCAUGAACAUAGGGGGAGUUAACACGCUGGCUUGUAUUUGUAAAAUUGAUACUAGUUUAGAUAAACCCACUAAGAUUUACCCCUUGCCCCACAUGUACGUUGUUAAAGAUCUUGUACCUGAUAUGACUAAUUUCUAUAAACAGUAUAAGUCGAUACAGCCCUGGCUGCAACGCCGGGAUGAGAAGAAGUCAGGGGAGCGCCAACAAUACUUGCAAAGUAUGGAUGACCGCCAAAAAUUGGACGGUUUAUAUGAGUGCAUUUUAUGCGCUUGCUGUUCAACUUCAUGUCCUAGUUAUUGGUGGAACGGUGACAAGUAUUUAGGACCUGCUGUACUGAUGCAGGCCUAUCGCUGGAUCAUUGAUUCCAGAGAUGACGCAACUGCGGAAAGAUUGAAUAAAUUGAAAGAUCCGUUUUCAGUGUACAGAUGUCACACUAUCUUAAAUUGCACAAAAACGUGCCCUAAAGGUUUGAAUCCUGGAAAAGCUAUUGCGGAAAUAAAGAAAUUGUUGGGUGGUCUUGCUAAGAAGGAGGCCCCAGGACUUGAUACUGCCGCUUUGCAACGUUAAUCACAAGAAUUGUAUUUUUUGUCUAUAAAAUAGGCUUAAAAAUAUAUUUAUUUUAAAACUUU